AUGGAAGAAGCACUUACUAAACCAAGGAAUGUUACCCAUACUUUAUAUAAAUUAUACAACUGGUUGCAAAUGGGAAUAAUUGACCUUAAUCCUGAAUUCCAAAGAGCAAUUAAACAAUCUCAUUUAGUAGAUUCUGUUCUUAACAACUUUUAUGUUCCACCAGUAAUUUUUUCUUGUAAAAAAUUAGAUAACAAAAGAUGGAUCAGAGUAUGCAUAGAUGGGAAGCAAAGGUUAACUGCCAUCAAAAAAUUUAUGGAAGGUGAAAUUCCCCAUGUAAGCCCUUCUGAUGGCAAUGUAGCUAAAAGGUACUAUAAAAAUGUCAAUGGCAAAAAGACAUUGACAGAACCAGAACGAGAGUUAUUUGACUGUUCUGAAUUGCUUUGUGUUGAGUAUUAUGACCUUUCAUUACAGCAAGAACAGGAAAUUUUUAGUCGUGUCCAAUUGGGUGUUGCAUUAACACCAGCUGAAAAAUUACAAGCAAUCAGUAGUCCAAUGGCUGAUUUUGCUCACUCCAUUUUCAGCAAAUAUCCUAGUAUUUCACUUAUAAUGGAUACUAAACGUGCUAGGCCAUUCCAAUUGAUAACACAAUCAUUACAUAUGAUUGAGAAUGAACCUGAAAAAUUCAAUGCAACACCUGCUGUCAUAACCAAAUUCUUAAAGGAAGAACGUCAAGUACCCUCAAAUUUAAAAAUCAUUGCAGAAAGAAUUUAUCAAACACUUGAAGCAAUGAUAGCUGAUAAUUCUGAUGUAUUUCAUAAAGAUAAUCGAUUGGCUCCUGUGGAAUUUGUGUUCCUAACUUAUAUGAUUGCAAAAUAUCCUGGUCUAUUAAUCUCCCAUUAUCAAAGUCGUCUGUUAGCCAUGAAAAAACAUGUCCGUCAGAAACAUGAUGACAUUCGAUUUAAUAAUAAAGUUUAUGACACUUUAAAAAGAUUUGUUGAUGGUAUGGAAUCUGAAUACUUAGUCACUUCAUCUUCAUCUACACCAUUAGCAUCAAAUGAUGUGUUAUACAAAACUGAGUCAACCAAUUAUGAUGGGCAACAAUCAUCAUCAUCUAGGCCAAAAAAAAGAAGUAAAUUUACAAAUAAUUAA